GUCCAUUAGGCUGAUAUCGGCCCAAGUUACACUCGCGAUGAAUAGCUGUACGUUUUCUUUGAGUUUGAGAGUUGCAGAGUAGGGCAAGCACUGCGGACACAAAUGGAGGGCGGCAAACGUAGCAUUUGAUUCCUUUUUUUUUUUAUUGGGGCUCUGGGGGUGUGGUAUUGGGGUAUUAGACUGUGAUAGAGAAUGUCUGGAGAGUCAAACUUAAGGUAUAGGCUCAAUAAGAGACUCAAACUUGCAAGUGGGCGAUCUAAGAAUUCUAAGGAUGGAAAUAGAAAGGUUGAAAGUACACUUAGUAAUGAUGGGAAGGGAAAGCUUAAACCUAUGAGUUAUGAUAGGAAAGCAAAGAGAGUCUAUGCUGAGCAUGAUACAGAUGAGGAGGUAACUUCUUCUGGAAAUGCAAAGGCACCCAAUAGAAAGAGUUCCUUUAAAAAAGGACAGAAUCAGGUGAAAGGUGAUGGUAAGGUACAAACAAACAAGAAGAAAUCUUCUCGCUCCAUAUGGGUUUCAAGUAAAAUAGAGAAUUCUACUACUGAAACCAAACAAUCUUAUCGUAAACUUAAAGACGCAGUGGAAAGAGCUCGGGCAUCUAAUAGAACCAAUGCAAAGGAGGUUGAUGAAAUGGAUGUUGGUGGUACUGGUUUAAUGAAGAAACGUUCUAAAGGUAAACUGAAGGAUACAGUGGACAAUGCCUGGGCUUCUAAUAAAACCAAAACAAAGGGCGUUGAUGAAAUGGAUGUUGUUGGGACCGGUUCAUUGAAGAAACCUUCCAAAAUCAAAUAUGAUAAAAUUAAGCGCCUGGAUCAGUGUCAGGAGAAAUCCCCAUAUGUAUCUAUUUCAAAAUCUGCCAAGAAAAAUGUUCGCGGAAAGCGUGCAUUGGAUGAUGAUUCGAAAGUACUAGAUGAUCAGCCAAAGAAGAAGAAGCAAGUAAUUCGAAUAGAUCGGCAUGAUACCUCAAAUAAACGGCUAGAUGAUGGCAUUGUUAUUAAUGAAAGCACCAAAGAGAAGGAAAAAGAUUUGGAGAAGAAAAAUGAAAUGUCGAGGAAUGCACAAUUCCGGGCAAUACAACCAAGUCCCUCAAUCCUUACCUAUGUGGAAGAUAACUUGUUGGGCCGUCGACGCUUGAUUGAGCUGCGGAGGGCGGGCUAUAACAUUGACCUUUCUGCCCCAUUAGAUAAUAUUCCGUUUUCUACCAGCUCUGAAAGAGAGCGCAUUGAAGAUUCUCCAUUUAGGAAUAAAUUGACAUUUUUUGCUGCUGCGAAGAGCUCAUCAUCAUUUCCUCCUCCUGAACUCCCAGAGAUUGCAUUUGCUGGAAGGUCAAAUGUUGGGAAGUCGUCGCUACUUAAUGCCCUUACUAGACAAUGGGGUGUUGUUCGGACAUCCGACAAGCCUGGCCUUACUCAGACUAUUAAUUUCUUCAAUUUGGGGUCAAAGCUCUGCUUGGUUGAUUUGCCUGGAUAUGGCUUUGCUUAUGCAAAAGAAGAAGUUAAGGACGCUUGGGAGGAGCUUGUAAAGGAGUAUGUUUCCACGAGAGUUGGUCUGAAACGGGUAUGCCUACUUGUUGAUACAAAAUGGGGUAUGAAGCCAAGGGAUCAUGAACUCAUCAAUUUGAUGGAAAGGUGCACAUCCCAGACUAAAUACCAGAUUGUAUUAACCAAGACGGAUAUGGUUUUCCCUAUUGAUGUGGCACGCCAUGCGAUGCAAAUUGAAGAGAAUCUCAAGGCAAAUAAGUCUGUAGUUCAACCUUUGAUGAUGGUAAGCUCAAAAUCUGGAGCUGGUAUCCGAAGUUUAAGGACAGUGCUUUCUAAGAUUGCACGGUUUGCCAAGCUUUAAUCCUACUCAGAACUUGUUUCAUUUAGGCUGAUGUGAACUUUUCUGGCUCCAAAUAUUUCCUUGCAAAACUGAAAGCCUCUAAUCCAUAAAAACAAUCAAUGUGCAGAUUUUGCUGUUUGUGGGCAGCUUACUGACAAGACGGGUGUCUUUACCUUCUUUUGAUAGAGUUGCCUGCCAAUUCCACUCUGCAGGACGAUAUGGAUGGUGUUGAUAGGUGUUACAGCAAGAUGUGUUUUCUUGUAGAUUGUGACGCUUCGGAAAAUAAGUUUUUAUUCUUUUUGAAGAAAUUGGUAGUGCGAUUAGAAACUUUUUUAUUGUCAUUUUUUUUUCUAAAUGAAAUGGACUGGCUAGGUUGCUCCCAUUUCGCGUGUCCCUAGCCCGAAAAUGUGUUUUGUUUUGUUUAUUUUUCCAUGUUUACUUAGAUGUUUAUCAAUGGAUUCAAUAGCAGUUCGAAAGGUUUUCAUAUACAAGAAUAUCUGAAUCUAAGCUUAUGUUCA